UUUAGAAGGAGGUGGGAGGUAGGGAAUGGAAUGGCGAGAGAUAUAUCACGAUAUAUAUUACAAACCACUUCGUCUUCAGGGUAAACAUCAUUAUACAGUGGAUAUUAAAACUAUAAGGGAUGAGAGUGACACGUUCAGAAAAUAAUAUGGCAGCACCUGCGCGCGGAUGAGAUGAGGAAACGGUAUGUAGCUAAUAGCCCUAAUCUGUGGGAUAACACAAGGAUUAUACACGAAAAAGCGAGCAAAACGCUUUUGUUUUAAGCAGUAAACUCUGGGGUAGUAUUCAGCAUGGAUCAGAAAUGAAUGUAUAAGGUUGCGUGUUUUGCUCCUUAUGGGAAUCCAUAGAACAUCGAACAGAUGUCAAACGAGUGUACCGGAUGGGGUUUGCGUGUUGGGAGGAUUCGAAGAUGCGUACACGUGUCGCUUGAUCUGCGCGCUGAGGUUCAAUCUGCAUACAUUUUACUGUAGCUAUGAUUGUAGCCUAUAUGGCGUGUUUCUCCAUUGCAUAUGCUAGUAGUUUACAGUAGUCUACAUUAGGCUAUUAUAACAACAAAUGCGUUAUAAAGGGGGCUUUUGGACACCAGAUUAAUUCAACACAGGACAGAAAUCCCGAAGUGCUGAAGUGAAUGGACAGCCACAGUGCAAUGAAAACAUCACCAUAGGAAUAAACACAAACAUGGAAAUAAACAACAGACAUUCAAUCAAAUAAUUGAAGAAUUAUAAUCAUAUGAAAACCUGCAUAUUUAAAUCCACUACUGAAGGUGCACUACUUUUAACCUAAAGUACUUUCCAUAAUUGAUACGCUAUUUCUGUCUAUAUAUUUUAAUUUAAUGUGUGUUAGCCUACAUUUUAAAAAGUAGGCCACAAUUAAAAUUCGACUAGGCUACUUCAGGCUCCUCUCUAUAGUCCAAUGUAUUAAGGACAUUAGGUCAUGCUGGUACCUUCAGGAACUUGCUUCAUUAGCACUUGCUAGAACAGUAGUUUAGGGUACAGGACCAGAUGUUAGUCUGGCGGAAUGGGUUUUUGGUUUGUGAGUUGAGCAGACUAGAGGCUUUGUCGCACCAGUGAAGAGGAGAGAGACGGGAGUGUUCUUGGCCAGUGCCACGCGGGAACUCCAUGCCCUGUCCCGUUACCUGGAGACACCAGGUGACCACACCGGGCCACGAGACCAGGUGAUACUACUCCAAAGCACGCGACUCGCAUGUUCCCGCCAGUGCCAUGGAUGACUCUGGAAUCAUUCGACGUCGGAGGCUCCAGAAGGAUCUGCCUCUGCCCCAAAAAAGUAGCAGUUGCCGGACCAGUAACCGGAAGAGCCUCAUUCUAACCAGUACAUCACCCACUCUCCCUCGACCACACUCACCUCUCCCUGGACACAUAGGAAGUAGUCCAUUGGACAGCCCAAGGAACUUCUCCCCCAGUGGCCCCGCCCACUUCUCAUUUGCCUCCUCUAGAAGGGCGGACGGUCGAAGAUGGUCCCUGGCCUCUCUCCCCUCCUCUGGAUAUGGCACCAACACACCCAGCUCAACGUCCUCCUCCUCGUCACAGGAGCGGCUGCACCAGCUGCCCUUCCAGCCCACCAUGGAUGAGCUGCACUUCCUGUCCAAGCACUUUGGCAGCACCGAGAGCAUCACCGACGACGACGGGGGCCGCCGCUCGCCACACGUGCGCCCCCGCUCCCGCAGCCUCAGCCCGGGGCGCUCACCGUCUUGCUAUGACAACGAGAUAGUAAUGAUGAACCAUGUCUACAAGGAGCGCUUCCCCAAGGCUACAGCCCAGAUGGAGGAGCGUCUAUCAGAGUUCAUCCAGAACUUCGCCCCGGAGAGCGUGCUGCCGCUGGCUGACGGGGUCCUCAGUUUCAUCCACCACCAGAUAGCAGAGCUGUCCAGAGACUGCCUGACCAAAUCACAGGACGGACUCAUCACAACGGUGUAUUUCUUUGAGCUGCAGGAGAAUCUGGAGAAGAUGCUCAACGACGCCUAUGAGCGUUCUGAGAGCUCUGAGUUGACCUUCGUCACUGAGCUGGUCAAAAAGCUCUUCAUCAUCAUAUCUCGUCCUGCCCGGCUCCUGGAAUGUCUGGAGUUCAACCCAGAGGAGUUCUAUCACCUGCUGGAGGCAGCGGAGGACCACGCCAAGGAGGGACACCUGAUGAAGACGGACAUCCCUCGUUACAUCAUCAGCCAGCUGGGUCUGACCCGGGACCCUCUGGAGGACAUUGUGAGCAUGGACAACUACUAUGACAGUGAAGGUCCCCACACCCCAGAGCCAGACGAUUCCGCAGAGGGGAAGAUGAAAGCCAUGAAGCCGCCAAGUGAAGAAGACUUUCAAACCAUCAAGCUGAUCAGCAACGGAGCAUAUGGUGCGGUGUACCUGGUACGUCACAGGGAGACCCGUCAGCGUUUUGCCAUGAAGAAGAUCAACAAGCAGAACCUGAUCCUGAGGAACCAGAUCCAGCAGGCCUUCGUAGAGAGAGACAUCCUGACCUUCGCUGAGAACCCCUUUGUGGUCUCCAUGUUCUGCUCCUUCGAGACUCGCAGGCACCUCUGCAUGGUCAUGGAGUAUGUUGAAGGGGGAGACUGUGCCACUCUGCUGAAGAACAUCGGGGCGCUGCCUGUGGAACUCACCAAAAUGUACUUUGCAGAGACCGUGCUGGCACUGGAGUACCUACACAACUAUGGCAUCGUGCACCGAGACCUCAAGCCUGACAAUCUUCUGAUCACCUCUAUGGGCCACAUCAAGCUGACUGACUUUGGCCUGUCUAAGAUGGGUCUGAUGAGCCUCACCACCAACCUGUACGAGGGACACAUCGAGAAGGACGCACGCGAGUUCCUGGACAAACAGGUGUGUGGCACCCCAGAGUACAUAGCCCCGGAGGUGAUCCUGAGACAGGGCUACGGGAAGCCAGUGGACUGGUGGGCCAUGGGCAUCAUCCUCUAUGAGUUCUUGGUGGGCUGUGUGCCCUUCUUUGGAGACACGCCUGAGGAGCUCUUUGGACAGGUCAUCACAGAUGACAUAGUGUGGCCUGAUGGAGAUGAGGUCCUGCCUGCUGAUGCCCAGGGACUGAUAUCAACCCUGCUACAGACCAAUCCACUGAUGAGGCUGGGUACAGGGGGAGCUUUUGAGGUGAAGCAGCACUCGUUCUUCUCUGACCUGGACUGGAACAGUCUACUGAGACAGAAGGCAGAGUUCAUACCUCACCUGGAGUCAGAAGAGGACACCAGCUACUUCGACACCCGUUCAGAUCGUUAUCACCACAUCAAUGCGUACGAUGAGGAUGACACCAACGAUGAUGAUGAGCCUGUUGAGAUCAGACAGUUCUCCUCCUGCUCCCCUCGCUUCAGCAAGGUGUACAGCAGCAUGGAGCACCUGUCCCAGUUGGAGCAGAAGGCCCCCUCAGUUACUCGACGGGAACACAAGGGCUCCCGGGAGGACAACAAGGGGAAGAGAGAGAGUCUGGGAAGCUUCCCUAUCAGGGACAAGAGCUGGAGGACCGGAUCACCUGAGAUGAAGCGUCUGUCCGGUUCUGAGUCCCUCUACAUGGACGGUGACUCCAGCCCUCCACUCGGGGCCCGGCGCCGUUUCUCUGCUCUCAUGGAUACGCAUCGCUUUGCCUCACAGCAGGAGGACAACCCAGACCCCCUGACACGCCAGCCCCCUGUCAAGGCUAGGGGGACUUCACUGGAGGUGGCCUCCGUCCCCUCCACACCCCCCUCCACCCCUAGCACCACCCCCGACCCAAAGGAGGAACAUGUAGAAGAGAAAUCACCAAGGCCAGGCGAGACUCUGGGAGCCACGCCCACCCCCUCCACUACUCCUGGACCUACAUCAGCCUAUAGGGAGCUGGGGGCAGGGCCUGUGUAUGACCCCCUGGGCCCCCGGGCCACGAAUGACCUGGUCCUCCGCAGGGCGAGACACCAGCAGAUGUCAGGAGACACAGGGGAGAAGAGGAACUCACGGCCUGGCAACAAGGUUAUCAAGUCAGCCUCGGCCACAGCCCUGUCUGUCAUCAUACCUGCAGUAGACCAGUACGUCCACAGUCACAGCUCCCCCUUGGCCAGCCCCAUGUCCCCCCGCUCCCUGUCCUCCAACCCCUCCUCCCGGGACUCGUCACCCAGCCGUGACUACUGUCCGGCCCCCGCCGUCAGCGUGCUGCGCUCUCCCAUCACCAUCCACCGCUCAGGGAAGAAGUACGGAUUUACCCUCAGGGCGAUACGGGUCUACAUGGGAGAUACGGAUGUUUACAGUGUCCAUCACAUCAUCUGGCACGUGGAGGAUGGAGGCCCCGCCCAGGAAGCAGGACUGUGUGCUGGUGACCUCAUCACCCAUGUGAAUGGGGAGUCUGUCCACGGAUUGGUCCACACGGAAGUGGUGGAACUCAUUCUAAAGAGUGGCAACAAGGUGACAGUGACCACCACACCGUUUGAAAACACCUCCAUCAAGGUGGGUCCGGCACGCAAGUCCAACUACAAGUGCAAGAUGGCCCGACGCUAUAAGAGGCCCAUCGGCAAAGAGGGACAAGAGAGUAAGAAGCAUAGCUCCCUGUUCAGGAAGAUCACUAAACAGUCUAACCUGCUCCACACCAGCCGCAGCCUGUCCUCUCUGAACCGCUCUCUGUCGUCCAGUGACAGUCUACCAGGUUCUCCCUCCCACAACCUGUCAGCCCGCUCCCCUACACAGCAGGGAUACAGGUCCACACCUGAGUCCUCCUACCUGGGUGUGUCCUCUCAGAGCAGCUCUCCUGCCUCCAGCACCCCCAACUCCCCUGCCGCCUCCCAGCACAUGCGCCCCAGCUCCCUGCACGGCCUCUCCCCCAAGCUCCACCGCCAGUACCGCUCGGCCCGCUGCAAGUCCGCCGGCAACAUCCCCCUCUCCCCCUUAGCCCACACACCAUCCCCCACCCAGUCCUCCCCUCCCCCACUCCCGGGCCACACCAUCGGUAGCUCCAACACCACCCAGACCUUCCCUGCCGGGGCAAAGCUUCACUCAUCACCACCCGUGGUCCGCCCCAGGCCCAAGUCUGCCGAGCCGCCCCGUUCCCCACUCCUCAAGAGGGUCCAGUCGGCAGAGAAGCUCACCUCGCCGCUGUCUCAUUCCCAGUCGUCGAGUGGUGGGGUGGGAGGGCCUCUGAGGAAACACAGCCUGGAGGUCCAGCACUCUGACUUGUACCGCAAGGACCAGUUCCACUGUUGCGAGCUGGGGCUCCAGAGUUUGUUGGAGACGGAAGGGGAGAAUCUACCACCUCCGAACCCCCCACUGCUGCCCUCCGCCCCGGGCUCCCAGGGUUCAUCUACAGGGGCAACUACCACGACACCCGAGACGGGGGUGCUCAAGCCGAUGAGGAAGUUAGGGAGGCAGGAGUCGCCGCUGAGUAGGGAUACACUGCUGGCUGGUAGGGAGAGGGAGAGAGAGAGAGAGAGGAAGAGAGAGAGGGAAAGAGAAAGAUCGAGGGAGAGGGUGGGAGAGAUCAUUAUGGCUUAUAGCAACAGGACAACAACCGUCCCAGAGAGGUCACCUAACCGAGGAGGAGGAGCCACAACAGAUAAUCACCAAUCAAUAGCUAGAAAACCCUCAACCAGUGAGCAUACCUUUAGCCCUCAGAGUAGCCCCACCUACAGAGCCCAAUCCAGCCAAUCGCCAAAUCUGGAGUCCAUCAAAGCUACAAGUCCCAAAACUACAAGUCCCAUUACUCCCACUGGGUCACCAGGUAUCUUUAGGGGCCAUCCAGAAGGAGCAGAGAAGAGCCAGCGUCAGACAAACAUGUCUAUCAAGCUACAGAGCCUCCGAACGGCCGUGAGUACAAGCCCUCUCAGCCAAGACUCCCAGGAGAAUUACGGAGAGUACAGAACGGAACCAAAGCUAAAUGGAGACAACAAGGUGUGUCCUCAUCCUCCUCCAAGGCCCAGCAUGCCCUGUGGGGGCCCUCUAGGGAGAGGCACUAGUCCAGACAGAGGCAUGGGUAUGGGUGGAUCAUCAAUAACGUUAGGGUCUACAGGUAUGUUCAAGGCUAGUAGUAAACCAUCAGGAAUAGUAGGAGAGAGCCUGAGAAAGAAUGGAGCCGAGAACAAUGGCUCUCCAAGAACUUCAGAACUGGGGUUGAGAAGCCCCCAAAGCCCCAAACCUCCAGCCAGGGCCCUGGCUCCGGCUGUCCCACCCCACGGACAACCCCUCUCCCUGGGCAAGGUGAGGCAGGGCCUGGGGCCUGUCAACUGCUACCGAGGGACCCUGGACUGGGAGGAUAAAUGUCGGCUGGAGGUAGUGGAAGAACACUCUCCAUCCCCCUCCCCCUCCCCCACAGGCGUCACCCCCUCGCUCUGCGCACCCUCCUUCUGUCCAGGCAGGUCCAGGCCUGUUUCCCCCGGCGACAAGACCAGCUUCGUCACCCAGCUGACCAGUGCUGCUAAAUUGGUCCUGGGGCCUAUAAAGGGGUCAAUGGUGUCCCAGUCCCAGGAGGGACCCAAGGGGAAGGAGCUGAAAGACAUGCCCAAGCUGGGUGAGGAGAAGCAAGGUGCCUCGGCAGGAAAGUCUGAGGCUUCGUCUGGACUCGGAGUCCGGAUGGUUGGCGGUGGCACCACAGUGGCCCAAAGUCCAGCUAACUCUGUUCCUCAGCCUGAUAAGGCGAACACAGGUAGCAACCCCCCCAAAUUGUAACCCUUCUAUCUGAAGGGAGUUUAGAGAGGAGGGCAUUGAGAAAUGAGAUGCCUUUUCAGAGUUCUAGAAGUUCUAGAAUUCCACAAUGUCAAGCACUUAAGGGAACAUUCCAGUUCUAGAAGAGAAUAUCAACAUGGUAUUUACUGAUCUGUAACCAUGAGUGAGCAGAACUAUUGUAAAGGUGCUUUUACGGCCAUUUUCUAUUAUACAGUUAGUAUGUAUUAAGUCAACGCUCCACUUUAUGAACUAUUAGAUAUCUAUAACAGAUCUGUAUGUAUGUAUGUGAAAUGAAUGCAUGUCAUGUGGUACAGUUUGUGUGUUUCUAGAAUAAAAAGGAGUGAAAAGUGCUUUACUGAUCAAAACAUGCUGAAUACUGUGAAACACCAAAUCCAGUUACUUACUCGGUUUUUCUAUCUCGACUAAACGACCAAUCACUUCUGUUUCUAUAAUUCACUAAAAUAAACAUCAUCACAAGCAGACAGUAUGCUGAGGCACAAUCAAACCAUUACAACCUUGACAGCAACAACAACAAAACACAAAAUCCAAUCGGCCACUGUAGAUUUGUCUUUGGAAAGUAAAUGACAAAAUGACUACUGUAAAAGACAAUGACGCGGCCACUAGAUUUUAAUUUUAGAAAGACACUUUCAUCCAAAGCGACUUACAGUCAUGCAUGGAUACAUUUUUCAGAUGGGUAACCCCAGUGGGAAUUGAACCCACAGCCCUUGACUGAGCCACACAGGACCAAUGACUACUGUAGUUUUCUGUUACUACUGUAAGGCCCAUGACAAAGAAUGAUGGUCCAACACUACACCCACUGAAGUCCUCAGUUGAUUAGCAUAGCCAGAUUAGCAUAGCAUGCUGCCAAUGAAUGUCUGUAAGUGAAGGAUGAAAUGAAACAACCUUGAGUUAGUUCUGGGUGAAUCUUGAAGGCUCUGGCACAUUUGUGUGUCAUAGAUUGCGUCCGAAAUGGCAUCAUAUUCCCUAUAAAGUGCACUACUUUUGAUCAGAGCCCCUGUGGUAGUGCACUAUAUAGGGAAUAGGGUGCAUUUGGUGCCUUGGUAAAGAAGAGUAAAGCUCCUCUGACAGUUCUGAAGCUCAGAGCGCUUAUCUCUGCAGAACAGGACUAGUACUGCAGCCCACACACACACACGCACUGGUGUAAGCGGAGUUGAUAUUCAUGGAUUUAAAUCCCAUACCCCUGUGGUGGAUGAUUUGGGCCGUGUGAGUGUGUGCGUGCCCCAAUGUGUGUGUGUCAGUUCAGGGAUGGGUUCAGUAAGCCAGAAACUAUAUAGAAAUGAACAGAAUCCAAACUUGAAUAACAUUGAUAAACUAGAAUAAUUGUAUUUAGUUGUGAAUAAAAUGAUCUGUUACUUGAUCCUGACUGCACAGCUACAGUAAGGAGAUUACUGUAAAUAUCUGUAAAGACUUGAAAAAUACUUAUUGUUAUACUGAAGUAUUUAUUCUAUGGCUCUACUAUUCCUACGUUCUAAUUGUCACUAAUCAUGUUUUGUUUUGAACCAAAAAGGCGAAGAAGAAAAAGAAGGUGAAAAUGGAUGUAGCAUAUUUAAUAGAUGUAAAAUGCAUAUUAAGGGCUUUAUGGAUGGUUAAGGUUUUUCAUUAUUUGAUGUCAAAUGUUCACUUGCUGUUGCUGUUAUCUUUUAUCCAUCUUUUUUUCUAUUAACCUUAUUUUCAUAUUGGAUUCCUUCCUAAUUCUGGUGUCAGGUAUCUGAGAUUUUAACUGUCAUUUUUUAGUCUGGGUGCCAGUCUGUUUCUUGCCAACUCUGUAUGGAAUUGUCAUGCCAAACAAUGGCAAUGGAGUAGGCAAAAUCACAAACAGAUCUGGGACCAGGCUAGUCUGUGUUGUGAAAUAAUAAUAUGACUAUCCAUGUUUCACUCACCACAGUAGGAUUCACUGUAAGUUGAGCACUACAACUGUAUGUGUGUUAAGAUAAUACACUGUGCAUUAUUUCAAUGGUGAAAUUAUGAUGAUCUCUCUCUCUCUCUCUCUCUCUCUCUCUCUCUCUCUCUCGCUCUC